AUGUCUUUUCAAGGAAUAUUUCUUCUUCUAACAUUUGUUGCUACAGCCAUCGCUUUCCACCAAUAUCGAACAUUGGAUUGUACAGCGAAUGAUAAGGCAAGAAAUGAUCUAGCAGAUAAAAUUCGGUGCCAUUUAGUAUUAAAAAAUGAAGAGUUUGAAAUAGGCAGAAAUGCUCCUGAAAGUUCAGGCUGUUACACUGAAGGAUCUGGGGAAAAUGUCAAAGUAUACUGUGCAGUUGUUUGCCCGAAUGCUCAUUCAGUAUUUCAUUCCAAAUCCCUUCGAGAUAAAAAUUGCUUCAAAUUCAUUUCAUACGGGUUAAUUCAAAAAGACAGCGAAUGGUAUUUGUGGCGAUCAGGUAAAUGUCUAGCAAGUCCAACAGCAUUUGAAAUUGGAUGCAAAUUUGAUGAUCCAUUUGAAAAGCAGUUUCCAGAUGAUAGUUCCAUAUUCAAACAUUUAGCUGCUAAAGUUCGAGCUUUCUAG